AUGUCGACCCCCACGAGCUCACCACCAUACACGCUGCCCAGGGCUGUCAACCAAUGGUCCGAAGCCAUCCGCCUCUUGCACUUUCUGGCGAGAUUCCGACUAGCCCGAGCCUCUAGUUUGAAGAAGGGCACGGGGAAGAGGUGUGGGUCUGGGCUCGUGAUCUUCCUCGUCUCAGAUGCGGGCUCAAUGGCGGGGAUGGGGAUCUACUUUGAACAUACAUCUAACUCUUGCCAAGCAUCCAAGAAAGGAGUCCUCAUUCUGAGUGAGUUUGCAGGUGCAGCACAAUCGCUCGGUGCUGGUGCCAUUUUAGUAAAUCCAUGGAAUAUCACAGAAGUUGCUGCUUCCAUUGCUUAUGCUUUGAAUAUGCCAGCUGAUGAAAGAGAAAAGAGACACCAGCAUAAUUUCAUGCAUGUAACAACUCAUACAUCUCAAGAAUGGGCUGCAACCUUUGUUAGUGAACUUAAUGAUACUAUUGUGGAAGCUCAACUGAGGACUAGGCAAGUUCCACCUCUACUUCCUAUGAAAGAAGUCGUUGAUCACUAUUUGGAAUCCAAUAAUAGAUUGCUUAUACUGGUAGGCAUCUUUCUCUUGCUACACUUUACAUGCUGAAAUUUUAUAUGAUAUCUGUUUUUCAUUUC